UCUCAGGUGCAAUCGGCAACAGAUUGUGCAAGAUAAACCAAAGCAGCUUCCGAUUUAACUGUCAUUGGGGUAUAGCCCUAACUAUAUCACUCUGGUCCACACAACAAGUGCUAAGGUGUGCUUCCCACAUUUCUAUAUUCACACAACCCACAAAGAAAGGAUCUGCGCUUCGAGAAGGUUCUGUUGAUACAAGAUGAUCGCGACGGUACAUCGGCGAUGGGCGAAGACCCAUUGCUCGAUGUACGGUCUGGUUUUGGGGUCACUAAUAUUGCUUGUGCUGGCUCAGGAGCCCGAUGGAAAUGAAGGUCCAAGCGAAGCCACAACGAAUGUGGAAGGCGGUGAUGAAGAAGGAACCCCAUCCUGGUGGCGCGCAGGCUACGCGGGCCAUGGCACGACGCACGAACAGGUUGGACAGCUGCACUGGCCUUCUGCCGAGUACACAAAGUACAAGGGGCGUACCAACUACACCGGGGAUCUAACCGCACCAACCAAAACCCUGGGUUUCUUCGUCAAUAUUACCCACAGCCUCUUUGAGCUGGUGUUAACCGACGAUCCGGCGCUGCCACAGAAAUACAUUAUGUUACUGGACGAUGACUUGGUGGCUCUGGGCCCCAAGGUGAACGAAAACGAUUGGUCAGAUCUGCUGGCUCGCUACUGGUUGCUGCUUUUCUUCGUGAUAUUCCUCUUGGCCGGCAUCAUUCUCAUGCCGUGUAUUGGUGUAUGCUAUUGCUGCCUCUGCUGCUGUCGACGGUGCAAGCAGGGAUGUCCGGCAUGCACUGUCGCAAGGGACUUCAAGCGGCGCAUCUGUUGCGGCAUAUGCCUAGCGAUACUUAUCUUGGGCCUAUGCCUUGGCGCCUAUAUUGCGAUUGCAUCGAACAAGUUUUUGGAGCGGGGAUUUGAUGAUACUUCAAUGACAAUGCGUAGCGGCAGCGAGGACACCUGCGUCUUUUUGAAAGAUGUGGCUGAUCACAUCACGCAUCUUUUUUUGAAAAACUUUAUGGAAUUGGAGACGCACUUAACCGAUUUAUUGGAGAAAGCAGAUACCCACAUCUUUCUGGAUCUCAUGGAUACAUCCGACAGUAAUGCGCUGACUGAAUUGGAGCGCAUCUUGGACAACAUGCCAGAGGCUCUAAUCAUCAUGCGUAAUCUGGAUAUGUUGGAGAAGGAAUUACGCUAUGAAGGGUCCCAAUAUCGAGACUGUCUUCGAGGAUUGAAGCGGGACCUAUACUAUGCAACCAGUGUUUUAUGUCAAACGAGUCAUAGCAGAAGCUUCCACUUUGUACACAUGAUACCUCUCCUUGGCUAUGCGAGAUGCCUGCACUACGAUCAGAUCCCCAAUACAACUGUCUAUGUGGAGGGUAUCGAGGAGAUUAUUGAGGAGAAGUAUUUUGAAAUACCAAAGAGGGCCUUUGCUCGUCUAGAAACAGUUAGUGACAAAAUCCGGAAACAGAUGUCACUCAUCAUCCCGCCAUUGCAGCGAGAAAUCGACAAGGGACGUGAUGUGCUUUUUAAAUAUGCCUCAAAAAUACGCAGCAUAAUUGAGGCUGUGAUUACUGACAUCCACGCCAAUACCACACGUGCGACAAAGACGUACGGCGAUGUCUACGACCAGUUUGGCCAAAACCGCGAUCAUAUUUUCAAAUUCACAUACGUCUUAAUCGUCAUACUUAUUAUAGUCCUGAUAUCGGGCCUUGUGUGCGGCUGCUUCGGGCUAAGUCGGACGGCAGCUGGUGGACUUGGAUUCUGCAGCAAGUCAACGGGCGCCUCCUGUCUGCUAAUGGCAAUGAUUAUAAUAUUUUGUAUAUACUCGUUCGUUACGCUGGUUGGACUGUUCCACUUGUUCAUCGGUCUGGUUACUUAUGAGGGUGUCUGUUCCUCGACGAGCGAAGGCGAUAGAAAUACACUCUUUCGGAAGCUGGACGCCGAGCUCGAUGUAAACAGAUUGUUGUCGCCCGCAGGUGGGGAUCUCGCAUUGCCUCCCAUGCGUAUGUCGAAUGCCAUCGGGAGCUGCCAGGCAAAUGAGUCCAUCUUUCACAUGCUGCGAGCGAAUAAUCUUUUCAAUGUCGACGACUUGACACGCCUGCCUAUGUUCCUCAAUGAACCCGAAAAAUCGACAAAGUUUACCGACGAUCUAUCUAGGGUCUACCUCUUGACUGAGGAGGAAAAAACGCUACUUCGUGAGAUGCGUGACGGCAAUCUCUCGACCUACCACGCCAGCUCAUACCUACCAUUUCUGUGCCUCCAAUAUACGUCUAACUCCAUGUUAGAUAAAAUUCACGGUAUGGGGGAUGUCGCCGAAAAAGCCCUUGUCAGUGACUUUAAUUAUUGGACGUACGAAGAUGGCGCAACGCCCGACUCUGCAGGUACCACCAAAGGCACCUACCAUUAUUACUACUGGAAUUGCCACGUGGCCUUUCAUAACUGUCGCGUUGAUGCCGAAGCAUAUUACAACCAAUUUAACGACAAACUAACUGAGACAACGUUUAAAAUGAGAAACGAAGUUAAGAAGAUCAGUGAGCUUAUUUUGUACGAAAACUUAGAUUUUGGCGAAUCGAUUAAUGUCUUGCUCAACGGGAUAAUAAGGGCCGAGAAGUUUAUCCAAAGACGAGGCAAGGAGUAUAUCAACAAUCUUGCCCAGAAUCUUACCGACGCCAUCAACAGCCAGAUCCGCGACUACAUAGAUAUGAUAAUUACUGAAUCCAACAAGAAUGUCGGAAAUUGCCAGCCUCUCGCCUACAUUUACCAUCGGGGCAUUAAUUACGUUUGUGAGCGCCUGGUGAAUCCCCUGAAUAGCGCCUGGUUGGGCUUGCUGCUGUGCUCCUUGCUCUUCCUGCCGAUACUCUUCGUAUGCCAUCGUCUGAUGUGCUUGUACCUUGUAAUAUACCCUGCGGCCACAGCGGAAGAUGCUGACGAUGGCCACAAAUGUCCAGUCUGCACAGCUCGACCAGAGUACACCCCACGUCCGCCUGGUUCUGAUUUCCCCGUGGGCCUUGGCCGCCCCCCAAGGCAUUUGCAGCAGCUCCAGCCAGCACUGGCGGAGAUGCAUGUGGAGAACAGCAAGCGGAAGAGAGAGUAGAGGGAUCGCUCACCCCAUGUUGUUGUUGGUGAAAUAUAUUUAAAAUAGAUCAAAUAUUCGGCGCUCUGGGUGUGGGUGUGUAUCCUUGAGGGCGAACGCAUGGCGCAAAAGAAUAUGAAAAGCUGCUGUGUUGCCUAGGACCCCCAAUAAUCUAUGGCCCAGAACCUUCAAAGUGCGGCUCCGCCAGAAAAAAGUCCUGAAGUCUUCUUCUGGUGGCCAAGGAGAGGGGAUAGGGGGAGUGAUACUUCAAUUGGACAUAUGUAUUCAUACAAUGUACAUAUCGAAUCGUACUCGAAUGUGUGUGUGUGGCAUCUGUUUAGGGGAUUACUAUGGAAAAUACACACAUUAAAAAUUCAUUGCUGUGGUAGGUAAUCGCAUUAUUUUUGCCCACAGCCACUACCUCGAUGGUUAUACGUAUGCGUAUCAGAUCCCAUCAGAAAAAAAUUAGCGUUCUCGAUGUACGGGAUUUACAAAUUUCCCGGAAUGUUCUUCAAAUAUUUUAACGUGGGCAAAAGCUUGGACAGAAACCAUUCCCAGAUUCUUUCUGUUCACAUUUUUGUUUGUUCAACUCAAGAAAUUCCAUUAUUACUCGACGAGUUUAUCCA